GAAUAAUAUUACCUGCAUUUAUUUUUGCUUGGUAUUAGUUGAAUUUGCCAUGGACAUCAUUCAGGUCUUUGCUCUAAUGCUGAUGCUUUUUUACUCUGGUACCCUGGGAAUGCCCGCAGGGGAGUUUACUGUACCAGAGAUGACUCAUUCUGACCAUGGUAAAAUCACGCUGAGGUUCCGAGCUCUUGGUAGGUUCUUAGAAUUCCAUCUAAGUCCUGAUGACACCUUCCUAGGACCACGGGUGCACAUUACACACAUAGGACGUACCGGUGGCAUUGAGGAAGGCAUGGAUGGGCUACGGGGCUGUUUUUAUUCAAGCCAAGAACCUUUUGCUGCAUUUAGCUUGUGCAGAGGGGUACAGGGCGCUUUCCUAUACGGGCAAGAUAGCUAUAUCAUCCAACCCACUGAGAAAUCUGGUCACCACCUCGUAUUUAAAGCUCAAAAUGGGGAAACCCAAAAACUGGGUAGCAAGACUGAAGCUGUGCUCACCCACGAGUUGGGAAACCAGAACAGAGAAACAAAGCAAAAAUCAACAGGUGCACAAAGUCUGAUGGCUAAGAUCACCAGAGGGAGAAAAGGGAAUCUAACUGAUAACGACAGACAGGAGGAGAGUGGUGGACAUAUGAAUUCACCGAAAGAGAGAAAAGGUAACAACAUUUCCCAGAGUUCGGAGAACAGGACAAAAGCGCAGACCGUCCAUGAUAAAUCCAGCAAUGGCACAAAUUAUCCAUACCGUCAGCGCAGGUUCGUGGCUGUGGACCGCUUUGUGGAGAUCUUGCUGGUGGCAGACACAACCAUGGCGAAAUUCUAUGGCGAGGAUUUAAAGCUCCAUCUCUUGACUCUGAUGUCCAUAGCCGCUCGGAUUUAUAAGCACCCAAGCCUCCGGAACUCAGUCAGUCUGGUGGUGGUCAAAGUUCUUGUGGUCGAAGAGGAGGAUCUUGGCCCUGACAUCUCAGAUAAUGGCGGUCUUACACUACGAAACUUUUGUAAUUGGCAGCAGAGUUUUAACCCACCAAAUGAUCGUCAUUCUGAACACUAUGACACUGCUAUCCUGCUUACCCGACAGGAUAUCUGUGGGCACGAGAGCUGUGACACUCUGGGCGUAGCUGACAUUGGGACGGUGUGCGACCCCAAUAAAAGCUGCUCCGUGAUUGAAGAUGAUGGACUCCAGGCUGCUUAUACCCUCGCGCAUGAGCUUGCUCAUGUCCUCAGCAUUCCACAUGACAACUCCAAGAAUUGCGAGAGGUUUUUGGGAGGACUGGUUAAAAACUAUCUGAUGGCUCCCAAGUUUCUUCAGUUCAACAAAUCUAUGCCGUGGUCUCCGUGCACCGCCACGCACCUCACCGAAUUCUUUGACAGUGGCCAUGGGGACUGUCUCCUGGAUGCUCCCUCAAUAACUCUAGAACUUCCCGAGGAGCUGCCGGGUUUAUCUUCCGUGUACGAUUUAGACAGCCAGUGCCAGCAGGUUUUUGGGAAGGAAUUCUCACACUGUCCCAGCAACCGCCAGGAGGAUCUCUGUGGCCAGCUAUGGUGUAAAAUCCAAGGGGAGCAUGUGUGUCACACCAAGAAUGGCACCCUGCACUGGGCUGACGGGACGACCUGCGGAGACCGGCGUAUGUGCAUGGAUGGCGUUUGCCUGGGAGAGGAGGCUGUAUCAGGGCCCAAGGUGGCAGUGGAUGGAAACUGGGGCAGCUGGGGAGCUUGGGGUGAAUGUUCAAGAACCUGUGGAGGAGGGGUACGGUUCUCCCAUCGAGAGUGCAAUGACCCUGAGCCGCAGAAUGGUGGGAAAUACUGCACAGGCCAGCGUGUGAUUUACGAGUCCUGUAACACCCAGGAUUGCCCCGAUCAGGAACAGAGUUUCCGAGACCAGCAAUGCGCAAAAUAUAACCAUUACAACUACACGGACAGGGAAGGAAAGCUCCUGGAAUGGCUUCCUAAAUACUCAGGAGUGUCCCCACGAGAUCGCUGCAAGUUGGUGUGCCAAGCACGAGGGAGCAGUGAAUUCAAAGUCUUCCAACUCAAGGUGGUGGAUGGCACGCUCUGUGGGCCGGAGAGUUUGUCUGUGUGCGUACAAGGUCAGUGCCUGAAGGCUGGAUGCGACCAUACUUUGGGGUCUUCUAAAAAACUAGACAAGUGCGCUGUGUGCGGCGGAGACGGGUCCAGCUGCAGAAAAGUAUCCGGUUCCCUUAAUAAGUCAAAGUACGGAUAUACCGACAUUGUUACUAUACCGGCUGGUGCCACAAAUAUUGAUAUAAAGCAACGCAGCCACCGUGGAGUCAUAUAUGACGGCAACUAUCUGGCAAUCAAGCGAACAGAUGCCAGUUAUCUGCUAAAUGGAGAUUUUGCCGUGUCUUCAGUGGAACAGGACCUGCAUCUAAAAGGAACUAUUCUAAAAUAUAGUGGAACUUCAACCACUCUAGAGAGACUACAGAGUUUCCACCCCCUUCCAGAAGCUUUGACAAUCCAACUUCUCAGAGUGGUUGAAGAGGUUGUCCCACCCAAAGUCAAGUAUAUGUUCUAUGUUCCCAAGAUGUUGACUUAUCCAAAGACAAAGUCCAAGGACAAGAUAUCCCACCAUUUGAUAAAGCCUCUGUUGACUUCGCGGUGGGUUUUUGGAGACUGGUCUCAAUGUUCUAAGACUUGUGGCUCCGGUUGGCAAAGGAGGACUGUAGAAUGCCUAAAUUUAGAAGGGGGGGCCUCGGAACAGUGCUCUCCAGAACUAAAACCGGAAGACAUCCGACACUGUGGGGAUUUGCCCUGCCCUAUAUGGAGAUUCAUGAGUUGGUCACCAUGUUCUCAAAGCUGUGGGGAAGGAAUUAGAACCCAGAGGGUGUUUUGUGUAGACUACACAGGCAAACAGAUAGAUGAGGCCAAAUGUGACCCAGGAAAACGACCUGCAGAGGUUUCAACUCCAUGUGUACUUGUGGAGUGCUGAACCAAGGUGAGGAGGAGGACGUACCAUAUGGGCAGCUAUUCAUAUUAGCCCAAUACUGCUGAUGGAGAUCAAAAUGAACUCCUUUUACACUGGAACCAUGAGAGAACUGAAGAACUAGAUUGAACAAAAAAUGUUUCCUUCAUCUCUUCCAACAA